AUGCAGAGUGAGGAUCCUCAGGAGGACGAGAGCCACGUGAAAAGCGAGAGCAUGGGCAAGGCCACCGAAGAGACAAGCGAGCAGCUGGCUGACUUCAGCACAGAAAUCAUGAGCGUCACGGAGAUGGAGCAGUCCCCGGACAACUCUCCUGGUACCCCUCCCCAGGAAGAGAUACCCCAGGACAGUGAAAUGGCAGAAGCAGAGACCACAAAGACUGCCGAUCCUGAGCCAUCAUUCCCUCCAGAGUUUGAAAAGUUUUGGAAGGUCGUUGAGACGAACCCACAGGAUUUCACAGGCUGGGUCUAUCUCCUGCAGUAUGUAGAGCAAGAGAACCACUUACUGGCUGCCAGGAAAGCCUUUGACAGUUUUUUCACACACUACCCCUAUUGCUAUGGUUAUUGGAAAAAAUACGCGGACCUUGAGAAGCGGCACAGCAAUAUGAAGCAGUCGGACGAGGUGUAUCGGAGGGGGCUCCAGGCGAUACCCCUUAGCGUUGAUCUCUGGAUCCAUUACAUAAACUUCCUCAAGGAGACGCUGGAUACCAGUGACCCUGAAACGGUUGGAACCAUUCGAGGGACCUACGAGCAUGCCGUAUUAGCCGCAGGGACAGAUUUCCGCUCUGAUAAACUCUGGGAAAUUUAUGUCAACUGGGAAAACGAGCAAGGGAACCUGAAGGCAGUGACAGCCGUCUUUGAGCGCAUUCUAGGGAUUCCUACGCAGCUGUACAGCCAUCAUUUCCAAAGGUUCAAAGAGCACGUCCAGAAUAAUCUGCCCCGGGACAUUCUGACCACUGAGCAGUUUGUUCAGCUGCGUAGAGAACUGGCAUCCUCUGCCAACAACCACGGUGGGGAGGAUCCGCCCCCUGGAGACGACCUCCCUUCUGGAACAGAAGAUAUAACAGACCCUGCUAAGUUAAUCACCGAAAUAGAAAACAUGCGCCACAGAAUCAUUGAGAUUCAUCAGGAGAUGUUCAAUCACAAUGAGCACGAAGUGAGCAAGCGGUGGACCUUUGAAGAAGGAAUAAAACGGCCCUAUUUCCACGUGAAACCUCUGGAGAAAACCCAGCUCAAGAACUGGAAGGAGUACUUGGACUUUGAGAUCGAGAACGGGACUCACGAGCGCGUGGUGGUCCUCUUUGAGAGAUGCGUGAUUUCCUGUGCCCUCUAUGAGGAGUUCUGGAUCAAGUAUGCCAAGUACAUGGAGAACCACAGCAUCGAAGGGGUGAGGCACGUCUACAGCCGGGCUUGCACGAUACAUCUUUCCAAGAAGCCGAUGGUGCACCUGCUCUGGGCUGCUUUUGAAGAACAGCAAGGGAAUAUCAAUGAAGCCAGAAGAAUCCUGAAGACUUUUGAGGAGAACGUUUCUGGGCUGGCCAUGAUCCGCUUGCGCAGAGUGAGUCUGGAGCGCAGGCACGGGAAUUUGGAGGAGGCGGAGCACCUCCUGCAGGAAGCCGUGAAGAAUGCCAAGUCGAGCUACGAAGCUUCCUUCUUCGCCGUCAAACUGGCUCGGCACCUUUUCAAAAUCCAGAAGUCCCUCCUGAAGGCCCGUAAAGUGCUCUUGGAGGCCAUCGACAGAGACGGGGAUAACCCCAAACUGUAUCUCAACUUGCUGGAAAUGGAAUACAACGGCGACCUCAAGCAAAACGAAGAACACAUCACUGUGUGCUUCGACAAAGCUAUCAGUGGGCCGUUGCCGAUAAAGAUGAGGAUUUUGUUUUCUCAGCGAAAAGUGGAAUUUCUUGAAGAUUUUGGUGUGGACGUGAACAAGCUUUUGGGCGCCUACGAAGAGCAUCAAGCCCUUCUGAGGGAACAGGAGACUUUGAAAAGGAAAGCAGAAAAUGGGUGUGAGGAUCGGGAUGAGAAGAGAAGUCACGGAGAGGAGGCCGCUCUUGCAGCAGGGCAGAUGACAGAUGGAGACAUGCAAGCCAGUCAAGCGGCCUACAAUUAUAACGCCUGGUACCAGUACAACUACCCAAACGCAUGGAAUUACGGACAAUAUUAUCAGUCCCCUUCAACCUGA